AUGAAUCGCCGUCUUAUGGAGUACAGCUCAAGAAAGGGCGGACAUCUGCAGGAAAUAGGGCGGGAUUCUAGCGCUUCCUCAAUGUUCCCUUCAAUGCUAUUUACGCUUUGGAUGGACUUUGUGGUGAUCCAGUACUAUCGCUACGUCAGGGAUCGUCAGCUGGAGAUUGAACAAAGCGAGCAGCUACCGCUCUACAGCCAAAUGAUGAAAACC